AUGAGCAUUUGCAGAUGGGAAAGUUGUACAAGCACCGGUAACAACACACACAGUACAGGCGCCAGCAGUAGAUCUACUAGUAGUGCCAGCAAGAACAGCAGUUCCUCACCCAACAACAACAAGUUACCCAAACGCCCCACUCGCCGUGGCCAUGAUCUUCCCAUGCGCUUGCCUUGUCGAACUUGCUCUCAAGAAGAUCUAGAAGAAAUCAUGUUGCUGCCAAAGUUGGAACUCUGGAGUCGCAGUACUAGCAAACAACGAGGAGGACCAGCUAGCACUGGUACUACUAUGCAUAGCAGUACAAGUGACAGAGGACCCACCAUGAGCAGUCGCAAACACCAUCAAAAAAGUCAGACCAAGAAGAGCAACCGACGCUCUAGAACCAGAAGUCCUCCCAUUCAAACUAAAAAGAGACAAAUCUACAGCAAAAUGGCAUGA